CAUGCUUCGCUCGUCUACUGUCCGGAGUGCCGCAGCUACCUGCAACCACCGCGCACCUGGAUCCGAGCUGAUCUGGAAUCGAAGGAGCUCCUCACCUUCUGCCUACGCCGCCUCAAGCCCCUCACGCGCCAUGUUCGCAUCGUCAACGCUGAGUUCGUGUGGACCGAGCCCCACUCCAAGCGCAUUAAGCUCCGCCUCCGCGUUCAGAGAGAGGCUCUCAAUGGCGCCAUUCUAGAGCAAUCCCACCUCAUUGAAUUCACUCAGCACGAUAACCUAUGCGAGUCAUGUUCCCGCUUCCAAGCCAAUCCCGAUCAGUGGGUUGCCGCAGUUCAGCUUCGUCAGCAUGUCUCUCAUCGUCGCACCUUCUUCCAUUUAGAGCAACUCAUUCUUCGUCAUGGUGCAGCAGCGCGGACUCUCCGCAUCAAAGAGGCUGAUCGAGGUGUUGAUUUCUUCUUUGGAAAUCGUAGUCAUGCCAUCAAGUUUGUUGAUUUCAUCUCUGGCUCUGUUCCUGUUCAGUCAAGGUCAGAUAAGCAGCUAGUAUCGCAUGAUCCCAAGAGCAACACAUACAACUACAAGCACACAUUUUCUGUUGAGAUAUGCCCCAUUUGCAGGGAAGAUUUGAUCUGCCUCCCGCCCAAGGUUGCCAACACUCUUGGUAACCUUGGUCCACUUGUACUCUGCACAAAGGUGAGUAAUAGCAUUGCUCUAUUGGACCCAUUCACCCUAAGAAGUGCUUAC